UUUGGGGCCACAAGAAACACAGAUGCUCCUGCCGGGGGGUGGGAGGGCAGGCGCCUCGGCGACGCAGCAAUCACAGCCCAGCCUGUCCUAUAUAGGGCGGGAGGUACCCGCGGCUGCGCCCACGUGUCUGCUUGUUACCAUCUUAAUGCCGAGUCUGAGACCCCGCCUGCUGCUCGCAGUGCCCCGGCUCCAUCCUCUGCGGAGAAGCCCCCCCCGCCUCCCCCGGCCACGAAGAGAGGGAAGAAGCCGGGCCCGGGUGCCGUGCGCGAACCGCGCAGGUGCUCGGUCUCCAGGCUCAUCCCCGAGGCCUGGUCGUCCUCGCUGGAGCGAGCGGACACGUCCCUGGCCGCGCUCAAGAAGGCCUUGGCCGCGGGCUACGACGUGGACAAGAACAACAGCCGCAUCAAGCUGGGGCUCAAGAGCCUGGUGAGCAAGGGCACCCUGGUGCAGACCAAGGGCACCGGCGCCGCCGGCUCCUUCAAGCUCAACAAGACGGUGGCCCCCGAGGCCCCCAAGCGCCAGCGCGCCUCCAGCGAGGCCAAGAAGCUGGCCUUGGCCAAGGGCUCCAGGUCCCCCAAGAGCCCCAAGACCAAGGCUUUCAAGAAGCCCAGGGCCACGGCCAAGAGGGCGGCCAGGGGCCGGGAGAAGGCCAAGGCGGCCAAGGCCAUGCAGCCGCGGAAUAGCCCAGAGCCCGCCAAGGCCAGCGCGGCCAGCCCCAAGGUCGGGAGGCCAAGGCUGGGCCUGCAGAAGACCAACCCCUGGAAGGCGGCCAAGAAGUGAGUUUCCAGGCCAGAUUUCACAGAACCCAAAGGCCCUUUUAAGAGCCACCCACGUGGCUUUUAAGUUGUGUGCGCCUUUCCUGGGCGGAUGGCCUGCCAGCAAGGGCAGCUGUGUGUGGGGAGGCACUUAGGGUGGCAUCUACGCCUUAGAGUUCUGAGUCCAGGGGUCCUCAGGGAAGUUGCUAUGUCUGCUGUGUUCUAGAAAUGCCACUUUGUCAAGGUAAGAGAUGAGUUCACCCCUGUGCUGUACCCUUGUGUGUCUUUAAAACACCACUACCUGGUGUCCAUGCAUUCAAAGUAUCACUGAGUCUAGAUGUUCAGGACUUGAACUGGGGUGUGUUAGAAUUUCCUGAGUGAUCAGAAAAAGGCCUUGUAGUUCCAAGAAUCUUAGUGUCUAUGAUGCACUGUCAAUCAACAGCAGGUUUCUGUUUUUAGUGUCUAGUUGCACAGUCAACAGAACAUGUUUCUACAUUUCUCAAAAAAAGUGGUUUAAUACCAGUGAUCCAGCACGAUUACAACUGAAAUAUUUUAUUUUCUUAUGGAAAUGUACAAGCUUUGAGAAACUGCCAAAACACAGUAUUGAAAAUUGACUCCAGGAGCUGGAGAGAUGGCUUAGCCCUUAAUAGCACUGCUGUCCGGGCCUUGGUUCCCAGCAUCCACAUGGGAGCUAACAACUAUCUGUAACUCCAGUUCCAAAGAUUACU